UUGAGUAGGCUGAGCUGAGCUGUCAUUGAUUGUUAUUUUUGCAUUUAUUUACUGCUAAUUUAAAUAUGAAAAGAAGUAAAUUGUGGUCUUAUUUCAAAAAAGAAGGAGACGGUAAUGUUAUUUGCACUAUUUGUAACAAACGAGUUAAAACUUCUGGAAAUACAAGCAAUCUAGCAUCACAUAUGAAACACAAACAUCCAGAAGAUUGUGAUGUGGACGAUAAAUCCUUGGAUAAAUCACAACGUAAGUUGACUGAAUGUGGUGGUACUUCUUCUAGUUUGUCUAGAAGUGCUGGAGUCAGCGUUAAUCUUCAAACAUCGGACGAAAGUGCUAAACCCCCUGAAACGUCAGUUGAUACUGUUGAAGCUUCUUGUUCGUCUGCUGUGGUUGUGUUCCCUACAACUAAGCCCGCUACUCCUAAUACGUCUGCAAACACUCCAAAAAUAAAACAGGCUUUUGAAAAUGUGUAUCAAUAUUCUAAAGGUGGUGCAAAAUACGACCGGAUAACAGAUGCUAUUGCGUAUUUUAUUGCAGUUGAUAACAGGCCGUUUUAUGCGGUUGAAGGAAAAGGUUUUCGACAUUUGAUUAAGGAACUAGCCCCUUUGUAUAAAGUGCCUUGUCGGGAAACGAUUAAAGCAAAGAUUGAUAAAAAGUAUGACACAUUAUCAAAAUUUGUGGCGCAUAAAUUGAAAAAUGUGGAUUACUUUAGUUUGACUACAGACAUUUGGACAGAGACAUUGACUAACACUGGUUAUCUGGGACUUACUGUUCAUUUUUUGCAACAGAAUGAAUUACAAUCUGUGACUAUUGGAGUUUUCGAAUUAGAAGAAAGUCAUACUGGCGAGUACAUUGGACAACAAUUGACAGGAAUAUUAAGAAGUUGGAAUAUAGAUACUGAAAAAGUUAUGGCUUUCGUUACAGAUUCUGGUGCAAAUAUGGUUAAAGCAAUAAGAGAGACGUUUGGGGCACACAAACACAUCCCAUGUUUUGCUCACAUGAUAAAUAGAGUUGCUGAAGAGGCCAUAAGAAAAACUUCCGGACUGAGUGAUAUAAUAGAGCAUGUUAGGAAUAUAGUAAAAUACGUAAAAAAGAGACAAGACAUGACAUUGGAAUUAAAAAGAAAGCAAAUAGAAAGUAAAAUACCCGAUGAAAAAGCUCUUAAAGUGAUACUUGAUGUAAAAACGAGAUGGAAUUCCAUGUACUAUAUGCUUGAACGAUUUUUGGAUUUGGCGCCAUAUAUAAGUGACAUAAUUUUUUGUAAAAUAGAUGCACCUACAAUGUUGACAGCAGUUCAGCUCAACACUAUAAAAGAUGUUGCUUAUGUUAUGCGUCCACUGGAAGCUAUGACAAGAGAGGCUUCUGCCGAACGUUACGUCACCAUUUCUAAAAUUGUACCCAUGGUGAGUUGUGCAAUUGACCAAUACAAGGAAUUGGGGGUGACUUCGACUAUUGCUGACGAAUUGAAGAGAAAUAUAACGCUGGAGAUAGAAAAGCGUUUCGGCCAUCUUGAAUACAAUAUGUUGUUAGCCGUUUCUACAUUGCUAGACCCGCGUUUCAAGAACUUGCAUUUUAAAAAACCGGAAGCUUGUGCGAAAGCAAUGUCUCGAAUUAGAAAAUUCAUUUCUGAAUAUAAAUCUGCCGUAACGGCUUCGUCAACUUCUUCAGAAGAUGAAGAAAAAGUUGAAUUUGAUUUUUGGAAGUACCACAAAUCUUUGGCUCACACGCAAAUAAAAAGAAAAAAAACUGACGGUGACGAUGAACUCACGUUAUAUCUCUCUGCCCCUGUAAAUACUUUAAAAGUAAAUGUUCUUGAAACAUGGCAAGAGAUGCAGGGUGUAUAUCCGAAUCUUUUUAAAGUGGCAAUGUGUCAUCUACCGAUUGUAGCAACAAGUGUUCCAUCAGAACGUCUUUUUUCGAAGGCAGGAGCUACUAUAACCCAGAGCCGAAACCGGCUACAUGGAAGCAGACUUUCUAAGUUAUUAUUUUUAAGUUCAAUAGCUGGUACAAAAUACUGGAAUUAAUUUUUUUUUUUACAUUAUAUAUUAAAAUAAUACAUUUUUUAUUUCC